UUCGAAUCAAAAUUAUAUAUUUGAUGCUCUUAUUGCAGAUUUGGUAAAAAGUCUACAUGCAGUUAAUGGCACUAUGUGGCACAAUACGUUUUUGGGUUUAUGGAUUGCGGCACUGCGGUUGGUUCAAAGGGAAAGGAAUUUGAGUGAAGGUCCAGUACCUCGUCUUGAUACUUGUAUGUGUAUAUUAUUGAGCAUUACAACCAAUGUGGUCGCAAAUAUUAUUGAAGAAGAGGAAGGUGAACUGAUUGAAGAAGCUGAGUGUGGCCCUACAAAUCAAGGAAAGAAUCAACAGGUUCUGGGGAAGCGUCGCGGGGAAUUGAUAACUUGCUUACAGUCAUUGGGUGAUUUUCAGUGUUUGCUUACUCCACCUCAAGCUGUUCUCAGGGAAGCCAAUCAAGCUGCUGCCAAGGCUAUGCCUAUUAUGCUGGUAUCGGGAAACCCUGUGGGUAGUGGGCACUCAAAAUCAUCGAGCAUGGAUGACUUGCCCAUGAAUUGUUUUGGCAAUUUACGGCAUCUAAUUGUUGAGGCCUGUAUUGCAAGAAAUAUACUUGACACAUCGGCUUAUUUUUGGCCUGGCUAUGUGAAUGCCUGCAGCAAUCAAAUUCCUUCCAGCAUUUCUAACCAGGUGGAUGGCUGGUCUUCAUUGAUGAAGGGAUCAAAGUUAACUCCUGGGUUAGUUGAUGUCUUAGCAGCAACUCCUGCUUCCAGCUUAGCGGAGAUCGAAAAGGUUUAUGAAAUUACAAUUGAUGGUUCAGAUGAAGAGAAGAUUUCUGCUGCUACCAUUCUGUGUGGUGCAUCUCUAGCAAGCGGAUGGAAUAUACAGGAACACACUAUUAUUUUUAUCACAAAGUUGCUCUCACCUAUUUGUUUGCCUAAUCACACUGGGACUGAAAAUCAUUUAAUCAGCCAAGCACGAUUUCUAAAUGUCCUUCUUGUUGGAAUCUCAUCUGCAGACUGUGUUCAUAUUUUCUCCUUACAUGGUUUGGUUCCAUUACUUGCGGCAGGGCUAAUGCAAAUAUGUGAGGUUUUUGGCUCAUGUGUUUAUGAUGUCUCAUGGACUGUCGCAACCGGAGGAAAACUCUCUCCUCAAGAGGUGUUCUCUAAUGCGUUUACUCUUUUGCUUAGAUUCUGGCGGUUUGACCAUUUAUCCAUUGAACAAGUAAGGGGCAAUGCAGCAACUCCACCACUUGGAAAUCUAUUUAGUCCUGAAAACCUUUUAUUGGUUCGAAACAAUAGAGUUGCAUCAUUUGGAAGAUCAACAAAGGAUAGUCUAAAGCUCAAAAGAUUAUCAAAAAUUGUACGCUUUCCUAAAGAAUCUAUAUAUAUUGAUUCCUUUCCAAAACUAAACUUUUGGCAUCGACAACAUCAAGAACGCAUUGCUUCGACCCACUCUGGUUUUAUGCCUGGAGGGCAUGUUCAACAGAUUGUUGAUGCUUUACUAAGGAUGAUGUUUAGGAAGGUAAAUGUUGGUUUUGAGCCUUCGACACCUACGACCUUAGGAAGCAUCAGCUCUUCUCGAUUCGGGUCUGCAUUGGAUGAUGCUUUAGUGAAACUAAAAGUGCCUGCCUGGGAUAUUCUGGAAGCCGUUCCCUUUGUGUUGGAUGCUUCUCUGAAUGCUUGUGCUUAUGGAACGGUCUCUACCCGUGAAUUGGCUACAGGCCUCAAACGUUUAGCCGAUUUUAUUCCAGCAUCUUUGGUUGCCAUUGCAAGCUACUUUUCAGCUGAAGUUACAAGGGGCAUAUGGAAGCCAGUAUUCAUGAAUGGAACUGAUUGGCCUAGCCCUGCUGCAAAUUUAUCCCUUGUUGAACAACAUAUAAAGAAAAUUUUAGCAGCCACAGGUGUUGAUGUACCAAGCCUUGCUAUAGAUGAGGAAUAUCCAGCUACACUUCCUUUGCCUUUGGCAGCUUUCGUAAGCCUAUCAAUAACAUACAAACUUGACAAAGGCAAAGGAAGAUUCCUCCUUCUGAUUGGCCCAACUCUUAAUGCUGUUGCUUCUGUUUGCGUCUGGCCCUGCAUGCCCAUUUUGACCUCUUUAUGGAUCCAAAAGGUGAAGCGUUGGCGUGACUACUUUUUGCUACGUGCUUCCGGAACUGUCUUCCAUCACAACAAAGAUGCGGUAGUUCAGCUGCUAAAAAGUUGCUUCACAUCCACUCUCGGACUUGGCUCUACCUGUAUGAAUAAUAAUGGUGGUGUUGGUGCCCUUCUUGGUCAUGGCCUUGCUUCCCACUCUCCAGUUGCUCCAGGGAUUCUCUACUUAAGAGUGUACCGGUUUAUUGGAGAUAUCAUGUUUUUGAACAAAGCAAUCAUGUCUAUUCUAUUGCUUUCAGUUAGAGACAUAGCAAGUAGUGACGAGUUACCUAAAGGCGAUGUAAAGAAACAACUAAAUAAAAUCAAGUAUGGAAUGAAACGUGGACAAGUUUCUCUUGUCAGAUACAUGGCACGGGUCAAGCAAGCCGCGUUACUUGGUGCUUCAUUGGUUUGGAUAUCAGGUGGACAAAAGUUGGUUCAAUCAUUGAUAAGAGGCACUGUUCCUUCCUGGUUUUUAUCGGCUGAUACGUUGGAGCAGGAGGAUGGAGAAACUGGAGUGCUGGUUGCUAUGCUUAGCGGCUAUGCACUGGCGUAUUUUGUUAUGCUUAGUGUAGCAUUUGCAUGGGGUAUUGACCAUUCUUCAGUUCCACCAAAUCGACGAGCAAAGGUUAUUGCAAUUCAUUUGGACUUCCUUGCAGACACAAUGGAGAGGUUUACAACACUGAGUUGCCAUCAUGCUACUUGGCAAGCCUAUGUGUCAGGUUUUGUGAGCUUGAUAGUGUGCUGCACUCCAAUGUGGAUCCGUGAGGUUGAUGCGGAAUUGUUGAAGAGACUGAGCAAGGGAUUAAGACAAUUGAAUGAAGAUGAGUUGGCUCUUCGCCUUUUGGAAAUUGGAGGGAUAGGUGUCAUGGGUACAGCAGCUGAAAUGAUAAUAGAAUCUGCACGUAUGUUGUAAUUCUAUCAGAACUAGCAAAUACUAAACCAUUAACACCUUUUAGGCUUUAACUGUAAAUGAAGGUAGCAAUCUUUAGUUUUAGAAAGAAAAAAAACAGCUGUUUAUAUACCUUGCAAUGAUUUCCUAGUUCGUCACAAUGUUCUUCGUUUACAUUAAUCAGUUACAAGUGACAACAGAACAAUUUUGUUUCCAAAUUGACAAGAUGAAAUACUUUUUUGCCUAUUUCAGUAAACUCCUGAUCAGAUGGCUUUUAUACAGGCAGUGUGUUUUUCGGUAAUUUGCUGCUGUCAAUAUUUUUUUUCAGUAACCAUUAUGGGAGUGAUGUACAUUUUGUGAGUGAUAUAUUUCAAACAAAAAAUAUGUGAACAUGGUAAUGCUUAAAUAUAUGAAACUAUAUAGUUGAAUCCCCUUUCAGUAGUUUUCUCUUCAUUCUUGUAUGGUAUCACUUAACAGCAUCGAGGACCAGAGUUAGCGCCACGUGAAAUUUAUGGAUGGACUUUGCAUCGCUGCAAGAGAUUUGUUCAGAAGAGAGUGUGGUGAAGGCUCCUCUAAAGUGAGCAAUUCACUUUAGAGAAUAAAAUGAGUAGUACUAUCAACCGUUUAUAAGAUUGAUAUUAUGAACAUGCAUAACAUAUCAUAGGUGGUUACAAUAUCAACCAUUGAUUUUUUCACUUUACUAACUUAAUACUUUAAAGAACCAAUUCUGAAUAGAGGAAAUCAUUGAAAUACUGUCUUAUUUAUCACCUCUAAAUAUGGUCGAGUCACUUGCUUAGAGGUACUAGAACUCGGUAACGUU